AUGCUUGGUUCCUCACACGGUUCUGUGAGGUCUGUUAAUCUUAGUAGAGCGAGUGAAAGCGGUGAAGAUGUUUCGGUAGUGCAAGAUCCUGAUACUUAUUUUUAUAACCUUCAGGAGAAAGACCACGACUCCCAAUGGGUACGCGGUUUAUCGCCAGAGGACGAGGAAGUUACCACGAACUACAAAACUGAUGAACUAUCCAAAUUCUCUAGAAGUACUGAAGGAGAAUUGUUUGAUUCACACCUUAUAGUUAUGGAGAUAUUUAAAUAUCCGCUUGGGCUUGGGGCUGCUUUUAUUUUAUAUUCCUUGAUUCAAUACGCUACCAACAUGGAUCGUCACCUUACAAUUGACUUUCCUGCAACAGAGGAGGCGCUUUGGCCACAAGGCUGGCAAGUAGGUGAGAGCUUUUCGAGUUUUUCAUACAGGAUUCUAGUCCCGCUUAUUUUCUCUGUUAUACUAUCGUGCAGCUUCUGUGCGUGGCUUUCAUUUACUGUUGUCCGUGUCACGGAUGACUUUACGGCACGCUGUGGUGUGGGGACGGCUCUGCUUUCCGUUUUGGGGCUAUUGAUGCAGACCAUAAUACUUAUGAGGGCUUGUAGCAAACCAGUUCAUGAUUUAGGAGAGUGCGAAAUUCCCUUUGUCAUGUAUUGGGUAUGCAGUGUGGCGCGGCGAUGGUGUCCCCUGAUGUCGCUUUGGUGUGUGACACCUGCUCUAAAUAGAACAAGCUACAGACAGUGGUGGAAAUAUUUGAUGGCGAUCCCUGUCUUGGUCUUUGCACUAGCUGUUUUAGCUUCAAUUCACGGGGGCAACCGGGCAUCAAGAUUAUUUGUGUUAGCGUAUGAACUACAAAUUCUGAUUUGGGGUUUCUUUAUUAUUUACCUUUGGAGACAAAAUUGCAUUCGUGGCAAGUGCGGGAUGACAAAAUCUCAUGCCGACUGAAGUUGAAAACUCUAUUCAUUCUUUCAGUGAGCACACCAUGUUUUAAUAAAAAAGUAAAUA